AUGGCCAGGAUAGUCAGAAAAAUUCCUCUAUGGGAAAGGGUUAAGAAUAAACCCAUAGACCUAUUUUUCCAACUGAAUGAGUCCGCAUUCCUCAAUGACUUCCAAUUGCCUGUCAGUGUGGCGUUGAUGUUGAAUCUGGUGUUCUACAUCACUUGCCUGAUCUUGAGCUCGCGCUUUGCGCAGUUUGAAAAUUCGAAUGGCCUAUUUAGGCCUGACUUUGCAGACAUUGAAAGAAUCAAAUUGGAGCAGUUGGGUAAGUUUACCGAGGUGGAACACCGGGAUUCCAAUCUGCGUCCAGUCUUCAGUGUGAUUGUUGCAAUACACUAUGGCUUGGGACUGGUCAGUUUUCUGAAUGCUGUCCUAUGUUUCGAGAAAUACAGAGGUUACGUUUUGAUUCACAGCUCCAAGGCACCCUCUAGCACGAGUGCGAGGCGAAAACGUCUGGACUACAAUUCAGAGUCCGAUACGGUGUGGGAGCUGCGAGUGUGGAAUAGCAACGAGAGCAACUUGCGGCUGUUUUGCCUGUUUUCUCCGUUAAAUGUGAUAUACAUGAAGUUCAUGACCAGAACAAACGCUAUCGAUCUAAUUUUUCCCUUGCUCAUAAGUGGGACGCUAUACAUGAUGUCAUCCAAAUACGAGACGAAGUUGCACGAUAGAGAGCUCAUCAACAGAGAGAUGCUACAUGAAUACAACACCAAGUUCGUCUACCCCAAUACUUCCAAGGUUUACAGAGAUGUUUGUUCAGAUACCAGCUCCAGAAAGGUUCUGGUCAAACCAAGCAGUUUACACAGUGUCUUCAAGACCCACUCUCUGAAGGACCUGUGA